GCUGGAAGAGGAAGGGAAGGAUAAGCAUGUCUGGAUUCUCAAAUUUUCUUCCUCCGUCGGCCACUAUUUCGACUGAUUCUUCUGCCGUUACCACGGAGACGGAGCCUCAGGCGGUACCUAAGCCUAAGCAGCACCAACAGUGGCUUAUUGUCGGCCUUGGGAACCCCGGCUGGAUAUUCCAAGGCACCCGCCACAACGUUGGUUUUGAGAUGCUAGACGCAAUAGCUGAAGCCAAUGGGAUAUCUGUGACCAGUGUUUCCUUUAAAGCCCUUGUUGGAAAAGGUUUUAUUGAAAAUGUUCCCGUAAUGCUUGCCAAACCACAAACUUUUAUGAAUUUAAGUGGCGAGUCUGUAGGGGCCAUUGUUUCAUAUUACAAGAUUCCAUUAAAGCAAGUACUAGUGAUUUUUGAUGACUUAGAUUUGCCUUUUGCCAAAUUGCGGCUGUUGCCAAAAGGCGGACAUGGAGGACAAAAUGGAAUGAGAAGUAUCAUAGAUCACUUCAACGGGAGCCGUGAUUUUCCUCGGUUAAGAAUUGGUAUUGGACGGCCUCCUGGGAAGACAGGUCGUCAAUUUGUUCUUCGAUCCUUUAGUAAGCAAGAGCGAGAAGAGUUGAAUUUUACUUUUGAACGUGGUGUGGAAGCAGUGCGAAUUCUUUUACUUGAGGGGUUCAACAAAGCUGCAACAUAUGUUAACAGUGUCAAACCAGUGGAACAACUAGCUGCAGGAAAGUGAGUUCUUGGGUGAAGGCAAGUUCCUGGAUUUACAUAGAGAAGAAUCUUUGUGCUUGAUGGUAUAUGUUAUAAAAUAAAAUUGCACUUGGAUAUUAAUUGCAACCCCCUUUCCUAGAUUAGUGAUGCAUCCAUAAUGGGAUUCACAUAUCGAUUUUUUGAAGGCGCAAUUGCUGCCACUCAAUAUUUAAGAAUUGAUAAUGAUUUGUGCUUAUUACACGAAAGGUGGUGUUAAUGUUAUGAUUGAUAUUUUUUAAAAUCAACCUGCUUGUAAUAGAACAGCAAUUUCUGCAU